AUUCUCUAGUUUCCUUUUUAUGGUGUACAGACCACAGUCUAUGUAUUCUAGUUGAAUUUAAAGUUAAUUGAACUGUGUGCUAUUAAGUAUUGAUUAAUUUGAUGCAAAUGAAGCGAAGAAGUACUACAAAGUUAAUAUGAGCUGCAAAAUCUUAUUGGAUACACCAGGCAUAAUGAGUCCGGGAAGUACGAUGUACGGUAGAGUUGUUUGUACAUUCAUAUCUAAUUUGAAUAUUAGAGAAAUCCGCUGCAAAUUAAAAGGAACAGAGGAUACGAGAAUAAGACGGGGAAAAAAUACUUACAUUGGCGAAAAUGAGUUUCUCAAUUUGAAAUUGAGACUUCUUGGUGAAAGUAACCUACAAUCUGGUGUCUACGAAUAUCCAUUUUACUUUCCACUUCCGCAGGAUAUUCCCAGUUCCUUUCAAGGUGAAUUCGGAAGUAUUAGUUACAGUAUUAAGGCUGUAGUUGAUAUACCUUUUUCGUUCGAUUAUAAAGAUAAAUUGACGUUCGUGGUUACGGCACUUACAGAUUUUAAUAAAAUUCGACAAAAUAUUCGAUUAACACCGAUUACCUAUCAAAACGAAAAAAAUCUUUGUUGUUGGUGUUGCGCCAGUGAACCGAUAACUAUAAACCUAUCUUUGAAAAAAAAUGCAUUCGUUCUAGGAGAAUUGGCAAAAGUUACAGUGGAAGUUACAAACUUAUCAAAUAAGAAUGUUGAAGAACUAGUCCUUACCUUGAUAAGAUUAACUUAUUAUCAAAGUGAAGCAGAUGGAAUGAUAUAUACUAAAACCCAAGAGUUACUAGGAUUCCAAACAGCCACUGGAGUUGGUGCACAUGGCCAGAGAACGUACCUAUUGAAUUUCCAGAUGCCUCAUUCGAUUUUGUUGUAUAACUUAGCUUCAUGUCAAUUAAUUAGACAAUUUUUCACUCUUCGUGCUGAGGCAGUUUUACCAAUUUGGCAUAAAAGCUUAACAGUAGAAACAGAUAUAAAAUUGGGUCAUAUUCCGUUAAGAGAGGAUGAAAGUGUUGAAACAACAACUCUGGGGGUAAUAGAAAAUGUGGAUAUGUCAUCAGUACCUCCAAGAUAUAGUGCAUUAUUCUAGUUAAAUAAAAAUUAUAAACCAGCUUUUGUCAUGAUUUUGUGUGGUAGAAACAAGAAUGUAUGGGAAUUAUUUGUAAUGAAAUAUUCAUUAUUUAAUAUAAUUUCGAUUUCUUUC